AACAGAGAAAAGAUGGUGAAAUUAACACGGUGCCAAAGACUUCCAGUCAACCGCUAGACAUUGCCAAUUAUUUGGACAGAGAAACGCCACAUUCAAUGAGUUCAUACUUCAUACUGCAAAGCUCUGGAAAGUAUGAAGAAAUUUACCAGAAAACAGUUAAUGGAGGGGACGCUUUCCAGUUUAUAUAGUGGAAAUUCUUCGUGGCUUCUACUUCAAAAUCUGCUGCCAGGUUUUCUUCGGAUUCGAAGCUCAGCUCAAGCACAACAUGUCUGGUGGCGACGGCAGCGGUAACGGUGGCCGCAGCGGCCUAUUCUUCGCGGUGAAGAAGUUAUUGCAUCAUCGGUCAUUUUUCCGGAGUCGAGGAGAAAAUCACCUCUCCAUCGGUUCCCCUAGGAAAAAUUCAAGCCCUUCAAGCUCAAUUCAAAGAGGCACAUUUUCUCCAUCUCAAAGCAGUUUGUUAUCAGAGGAGUCUUUGCCCAGAAAUGCUGGUAAUGAGUUGAGGUUUGAUAUUGAGAGGAUUUCACUUAAGAGUUCUGAAGAUGGAUUGCCAAACUCGGUGUCAUCUGCUGAUGAAGACUCCCAGCAAGGCCAUAAUCGAACCACCUAUGCAUCACCUGUUUCAUCUUUCACUCCAUGUGUUUCUAGGGAUAGUUCAAUCUCUUCUGGUUCAUUUCAAGGAGAAGGAUCAUCCCCAUCUCAUCCCCACUUGUGUGAUGGGGAACUUUUUCCCACAAUUGCAGGCAAUGAGCAGGGGUUUAGUGACGAGAUAAUGUCUGUUAAGAGUUCUGAAGGUGCACUGGAAAACUCAGAUAGCCAUUUUUCUAUGUUUUCAUUGAUGAACAAUGUGUCAUCUGCUGAUGCAGACCCCCAGCAUGGCCAUAAUCAAACCACCACUGCAUCACCUGCUUCAUCUUGCACUCCAUGUGUUUCUAGGAAUGGUUCUAUCUCUUCUGGUGCACAUCAAGGAGAGGGGUCAUCUAUGUCUCAUCCCCGUCCAUGUUAUGGGGAAUCGUUACCCAUAAUUUCAGGUAAUGCACAGGGGUUUGAUACUGAGAGGAUGCUACUUAAGAGGUUUGAAGACAGAUUGGCAAUCUCGGUUAGCCAAUUUUCUACGUUUCCAUUGAUGAACCAUGUGCCAUCUGCUAAUGAAAACUCCCAGCAAGGCCUUAAUCAAACCUCCACUGCAUCACCUGCUUCAUCUUGCACUCCACGUGUUUCUAGGAAUAGUUCGAUCUCUUUUGGAGCAUUGAUAAAUAAUGUGUCAUCUGCUGCUGAAGACUCCCAGCAAGGCGAUAAUCAAACCACCUCUGCAUCACCUGAUUCAUCUUGCGCUCUACGUGUUUCUAGGAAUAGUUCUAUCUCUUCUAGUGCAUAUCAAGGAGAGGGAUCAUCUCUGUCUGGUACCCAUUCGUGUUCUGGAGAAUUUUUGCCCAUAAUAGCUUUUAAUGAGCUGUGGUUCGAUGACGAGAUUAUGUCUCUUGAGAGUUCUCAAGAUAGGUACAAAAGUAUGAGCUCAGUUCAUACUCAGGGCUAUAUCUCUGUGUCACCUCUUUCAACAAUCUCGACUGACCUUAGGCAAAGUUCAUUCCAUUCUAGUGCAAUCCAAAGAGAAUCAUCUCCAUCUCGCCCCCGUUUCUCUUCUGAUGAAUCUUUGUACGGUAUUCCACGUUAUAUGCUGAGUUUUGACAUGGAGACGAAUUCUCAUAAGAGUUAUGAAGAGUGGCUGACAGGCUCAGGAAAGAGAAGUAUAAGCUCAGGGAAUUCAAGCAUUUUACGUGCAGCUAUUGGUGAUGGAAAUCAGGUUUAUUAUUUCCUAUCCCCAGUGGGGCUACAAUCUCAUCUUCAGUCAAUUUUCCGCAGAGCAUGUGGAAGCCUUGUUCCAAGAAUGGUUUCUUCCUCUGCCACUGAAGCAACGGCAUAUCGUGUGGAAGUCGAGAAUCAUAUUAAGAAGCUUGUUGAGGACUUGCAGGUCACUUCUACUGAUGUGCUCAGAAAUGCAGCAGCUGAACUCCAAUUGCUUGCCAGUCUGAAUACGGACAACCAGAUUUUGAUUGCAAACCAUGGUGCCAUCAGCUUGUUGAUUAACCUUCUGCGUUCCGUAGACACAAAAUUACAGGAAAGUGCUGUUAUAGCACUUCUGCACUUGUCAGCUAAUGAUAACAACAAGUGUAUGAUAGUUGAUGCUGAUGCAAUUGAACCACUGAUUCGUGUCCUUUCAACUGGGAGCCCAGAGGCUCAAGAAACCUCUGUUGCCACUCUUUUCAACUUAUCAGAUAUUGAGGGAUUUAAGGUUAAGAUUUGUAGGGCAAUAAAAGCUGUUGUUGAAUUAUUGGCAAAUGGAACUCCCAGUGGCAAGAAAGAUGCAGCUACAGCUUUGUAUUACUUAUCUAUACUUGAUGAACACAAGUAUCGUAUUGUGCAGGCAGGUGCAGUGAAGUACCUCAUAGAGUUGAUGCACCCUGAUGUUGGGUUGGUUGAUGAAGCGGUUUGUAUUUUGUCUAAUCUUUCUUCCAUUUUUGAGGGAAGUUCAGAAAUUUGUCGAGAAGGAGGGAUCCCUAUUCUGGUUGAGAUUCUGGAGUUGGGAUCUUCAAGAGCUAAAGAGGAUGCAGCUGUUGCUCUCCUGCAAUUAUGCACUGACAACAUGCAGUGCUGCAAUAUGGUUCUCCGGCUUGGAGUUGUCUCUCCAUUAACAGCGUUGUCCAACUGCAGUAACCCCAGAGCACGACAAUUGGCACAAAGACUUCUUAACUACUUAAGAGAGUAUUGCAAUAGAAAAGGUGAUGGGCAGGGUGUGGAUCUUGGGAGGAUGUCUCUUCAGACUUAUAAAGACCGGUUGGCACUCUCAAGAGAUAUAAGUAAGAAGUCUGCUAGUCAAUUUUCUAACCAUACUAUGGCGUCAGAUGAUGAAGACUCCCAUUUACACCAUGAUCAUACUACUUCUGCAUCCAACGAAAAUUCAAAUUUAAAUUGUUUGCAUGCAACUGCUGGUGAUAGAAUUGAGGUUUCUUCACACUCAUCAGCCUCUUUUAGGUUCACAUCCACAAUUGAGACAAGAAGGAAAUCCUUUAAGUUAUCUGAGGUUUCAAAGCUUUUCAAGAUCUUUAAGCAAUCCAAUGUUGAAAAGUUUUACGGCAACUCUUUUUCCAGUUGUCCCAGUUUUCACACGCAGGUAUCUUACAGAGUGUUGCAUGAGGCGACUAACAGUUUCUCUAACACAAAUUUGAUUGGUUAUGGAAGUUUUGGCACUGUUUAUAGUGGAACAUUUGAGCAAGGUCUGGGACCAACUGUAAUGGUAAAGGUUCUUGACCUUCUAAAAAAUGGUGCUUCAAUGAGCUUUCAUUCAGAAUGUGAAGUAUUAAGGAACAUACGUCACAGAAAUCUUGUUCCAAUUUUGACAUGCUGCGUAGGCCAUGAUUUUGAAGGUAAUGAAUUCAAAGCUCUAGUUUAUAAGUUUAUGGAAAAUGGGAACCUUGAUACGUGGUUGUAUACACAAUCUGCUGCAAAGACAAAUGUUCCAAGUGUUCUUCAAAGAUUAAACAUUGCUAUUGAUAUAGCUUCUACAUUGGAUUAUCUUCAUAAUGAUUGUAAACCACCAGUUAUUCAUUGUGAUUUGAAGCCGAGCAAUAUUUUUCUUGACAAAGAUUUAACUGCUCGUGUUGGAGAUUUUGGAUUAUCAAGGUUUUAUUCACCAACAAUUGAAGAUGGAGAACAGGCUUGUAUUGUCGGAUUACAGGGUUCCAUAGAUUACGUUCCACCAGAAUAUUGGAUGGGAGCAAAGGCAACAACAUUUGGAGAUGUAUAUAGUUUUGGAAUUCUGUUGUUGGAAAUGUUCACUGCAAGGCGACCCACGGAUAAUUUAUUCAGUAAUGAAUGUAGCAUCUGUAAGUAUGUUGCAACAGCAUUGCCAGAGCGAGUGAUGAACAUCGUAGACCCAUUGCUUCUAGCGUACCUAGAAAGCAUCCAUGGAUCGGAUAAAUUGUCAGACAGUUAUGGAAAUUUGGUGAAAUUUGAAGAGAAUAAUAUGCAUAGUUUCUUCCUCUCCAUCUUCAAAAUCGGGCUCUCUUGUGCUUCUACAUCGCCAUUAGAUCGAAUGCGUAUGGAAGAUGUUGCCAAAGAGUUACAUAAGAUAAAAAAGAUGUUGCCAGAGAGUUACAAGAGAUAAAAAUAGCUUCUUGCAUAAGAAUAAGAAAACAUGUAUUGAUAGAAAUAUCAUCACAUGUGAUUAUGUGAAGUUGGGAUUAAUUUAAUGUAAAUUUGUUGCCUAAUUAGCCAAAUAUAGUUUAAUGUUGUUUUUUUUUGUCAAUGUAGUCAAAAGCUGAUGAUGUAUAGAUAUAAAGUUUGGACAACUUAGUGUGUUUCAGGAAGGAGAUGAAAUGGUUUUAGUAAAUGUGAUGAUGGAAAUUGUAUAUGCAGAAACAAUCCUAUUUCACAGGUAUCAAAGGGUUUGUUGAGAUCUGGAAAA